GCUUCCAGCCACUAAUCCCAAAAGCCAAAUUUCUCGCUUCGCCUUUCCUUCCUCCCAUCCCUCUCGAGGCUCGCUGUCGCCGCCAUUCCCAUUCGCCUCCUCCUCUUCUCCACCUCCGCAAAACCCUAGCCGCCGACCCCUCCAAUCCCCCACAAGCGCCCAAAUCGCGGCCCCAAUCGAGCUAGGGCUCGCCGAUAUCUGGCCGGGCCCGUGGAAAUUUCCUGGCGGCCCUUUUCGGGUGAAUCCUUCAUUUUUGUUCUGGGGGAAUUGUUUGAUUUCUGCGGCGCAUGAUGGGGAGCAGGAGGGAGGAGGAGAGGAACGAGAAGAUCAUCCGCGGCCUCAUGAAGCUGCCGCCCAACCGCAAGUGCAUCAAUUGCAACAGUGUGGGGCCGCAAUAUGUAUGUACCAAUUUCUGGACCUUCAUUUGCCUGUCAUGUAGUGGAAUUCACCGUGAGUUCACUCACCGUGUUAAAUCGGUGUCAAUGUCCAAAUUUACGACCCAAGAAGUGCGGGCUCUUGAACAGGGUGGUAAUCAGCGAGCUCGCGACAUCUACCUAAAGGACUGGGAUUGGCAACGAAUGAGGUUGCCUGUCAAUACCAAUCCGGAUAAGAUAAGGGAAUUUAUCAGGACUGUUUAUGUGGACAAGAAGUAUGCUGGUGGGUCCUCUAACAAGCCAGCGACAGAUAGUGAGAGUGUGAAAAGCAAUGAAAAUGAAAUGAGAAGACCUAGCUCCUAUCAUUCAUACUCCCAAAGCCCACCUUAUGAUUUUCAGUAUGAAGAUAGAAGAUAUGGUAAGCAAGUUGACACGCUUGCUCGAAGGCCUUCAGAUAGGGCACUCUUCGAUGGGAAGCUCGGCAACUUUCUAUUCAGUCCAGGUCGUUUGCGAGAUCAGAUGAAUGAAGAUCGAUUUGCUAAUGAAAGUUCAGGGUCAAGGUUUUCCGACUUUUCAGCCUCAAGCACUGGUGAUUUUAGAAAUGAUGUCCUUUCUCCUAGCUCUCAAGAGACAGGGUACAGUAGUCCCUCAGCCCAUCAUUCAAGAAAUGUCUCUGCUGAAAAUCCUCAAUCCCAGAAGUAUCCUAAUGUAACUUCACAAAUAGAUUUGAACGGAGUUCGACGCCCGCAGCGAACAGCCUCUUCUGGAAGUUUUGGAUCGUUUGAUGGUAGCUCAGUGUCCAACAAAUCAGUUGAAUCAGGUUACCUGCCUGAUGCACCAACAGAAAAGUCAGUGCAUUCUGCAGUAAACCAUCAGAUUGUGGCUUCUCCUGUGGCAAAUUCAACACAACUAUAUGCCUUGCCACCCAGCAACCACAACUUGUUACCUCAGAAAUCUGCUGGUUUAGGUAGCCAAACCACUGCCACUAGGAACCCUGUGCAACAUGGUGGGGUUCAGACUGAAGCCGUGGUUCCGUCGCCUGCCUCAGCACAACCAACGACUUUCACACCUCUUGACCUCUUUGAUCAAUCAACUGUGCAACAACCUGUCACUUCUGAUGCACAGAUAGAUCUGUUUGCCGGCUUUAAUGAACAGUCAUCAGCUUCUCAUAAUUUAGGCGGUCAUUCUGAUGUUGCCAAAGAACCUGCCCAUAAUGUUAUUGUUCAGAAUGCCAUGGUACCAUCAGCUGAAGCACUCGCCACAUCCCAUCCUGCUCAACAUGAUCUCUUCAGUCUGUCAAUUUUGCAGGAACCAGCAACUCCCUCAUCCCCUCCACCGAUAGAUCUGUUUGCUAGCUUUGACCAACAACUGCCACAUUUGUCUAAUGUUCAGCAAAUUCCAUCAGCAGCUUCAUCGCCUGCUAACGGUGGAUGGGCUUUCUUUGAUGCACAACGUGGAUCUUUAACAUCUGUUUCAAAUGUGCAAGCUCAGAUGCCUUCUGCAUUUCCUCCAUCUGAUGAUAUUGCUAAAGCAAUUGAUCAAUCAACAUCGCCAACUUCACCACCAAAUGCCAUUGGGUCGCAAAGUACUCUAUCUAUGAUGGAUAACUGGAGUUUAAAUACUGAAGAAGUGAAGAUUUCUGUCCCCAAGGAAAAUUCUCUGCCUUGGAAUGCCUUUGGUGAAUCAACUCAGAGCGCAUCAAAUAAUUUGUUCACAUUAAACACUAUGUCUCAAGUAGCACCUCAUCAAUUUACUACACCCGGUGCUUCAUAUGUUGAACCUAGAAAUCCACAGGAUUUAGCUAGGAGUGAGACUGAAAGGCCAACUCCUGGGGAUAUGUUUUCUGGUUUCAACGUUUCACCUGCUGAGAUGGCUGGACCAUUGUUUCCUGCACCGCUUCAAUCCCAUUUGGACGGCAUGGUGUCUCAUCCUGGAAAAACAACAAAUCCAUUUGACAUAGCAUUUGAAUCUGAUGUUGACGCUAACGACAUGUUUAUGGAUUUGACCUCGCUACAGGAUACAUUACCAGAUCUUCAUACCACCACAGAUUAUUCUGGGAGCUUAGCACAGCCAUGGGUUUGUCAGAAUUCUGCUAUGCCAUAUAUUCCUUCUGGGCCUCAAGGAGGGUUAUCCUACGUGGCUGGACAAGACUCUCAUAUGUUGGGCUCAACACAACAAGGACCUUUUCCACCUAGGAAUCCAUUUGACCUUAUAGGGCACGGUCAGAGAACGGACAGCCUUCGUCUCCGCGCCGCCGGAGUCCUAAAACCCUACCCAAAAUCUCUGCUGUCCCCACCCACCGUCGUCGCGCGGCCAGCCAUGCGCCCCUUCCACCCUCCCCGCCCCAACCCCAACCAGCCCCACCGUGGGCGGCCCGGCGGCGACGCGGGCCCGCCUCACCUCCCCGGCGCCCCCAUGCACCCCGCCUUCCCACCGCCCGUCCCCAACCUCGCCGCCGCCGCCAACCCCAUGGCCGCGGCGGCGGCGGCCAACCCUUUCCUCGCGCUGCAGCUUCUCGCCCAGGCGCAGCAGCUUCAGAACCUCGGCUUCCUCGCCGCGGCGGCGCUCCAGCAGCAGCAACAGCAACACCAGCAGGCGCCGUUCUUCCCGGGAGGGUUCCCGCCGAAUCCCAACCAGUUCGCGCCCUACACAGGCGGGCCGCCGCCAGCCGGUUUCAUUGGUGGCGGGGCGUUUCAGCCUGGCGGUGCUGGGAUUUGCGGGCCGCGGCCGCCAAGGCCCAUGAUGAGCCCUGCGGGGAAAGGUUCCAGCAACAACGCCGGCAGCGGAGGAGCACCGAAGCCGAUUCCAAUUCUCAAUGGUGUGAAGAAGGACUACAACAACAGUGGCGGUGCGCCGAGGCCAAUUCUCAACGAUGUGAGGAAGGACCGGAAUAGCAUUGGUGGUGGCAACGGCGAGGUAAACCACUUUGAGAAUAAAGCAGAUGUCAUAUCUAAUUUUGCAUCUGAAAAUGGGAACAAAACAACAGAUCAGAGAGUCCGAUUUAACUCUGGAAGAGAUGUUAGAGAUGGCAGGCAAUUUGGUGCACCUAGAGGGAGGGGAAGAGGAAAGCACUAUAAUCAAGGUCGUGGAAGAGGAAACAACAACUGGGGGGACACAAAAUCCAACUUCAUGAGACAUGAAAGUUCAGCAUCAGGACGUUGCAGUGAUGCUCCAGCUCCAGCAUCAAGCAGAAGCCGAAAGCGACCUCCUUUAAUCUAUGAUGCAAAUGAAGUUAAACAGUGGGUAGAAGCACGCAAGAAGAACUACCCUACAAGCGUCAAUAUAAGCAAGAAGUUGUCUGAGAGUCAGUCAGAUAAUCAAAACAAGGACAAAGAUGCCCAGCUGCGACGCCAGGAACUGAAGGAAAUCCUAGCAAAGCAGCAAGAACUGGGUUUUGAAUUACCUGAGUUACCUCCUGGCUAUCUAUCUGAAACUGAGGAUCAAGGCAAUGAAAAAAAAAGUAACUGGAAAACUCAACGCAGGGAUUCUCGUUUUAGAAAUCGUGCCAAUACUAACAAAAGAAUGAGGUAUGAGCGUGGAGAGUUUCAGUCUAAAAGAUCCAAGGUAUGGAACCGUACUCCUAUCGGUGAUGGAGCAACGGCUAAGAGCAGGGAACCAACCCUCCUACAGAAACUACUUAGCUCCGAUAUCAAGAGGGACAGGCAUAGGCUUCUUCACACGUUCAAAUUCAUGGCCUUGAACAAUUUCUUUGAGGACUGGCCUGAUAAGCCGCUGCAGUUUCCCAUUGUUAAGGUGAACCAGAUUGAAAUCGAAAAUAAUAUUCCCACAGGUGACUUUGAUGACUUGGAGAAUGCUGAGAUGGCCAAGGACAUCAGACUCGAUACAGAUGAAAAUGGUGAUAGGAAGGAGUUGAGCUCGAUUGAUGGAGAAAUUGGUAUCGCUGACCAGGACAAUGAAGAAGAGGAUGGUGCUGGUGCUAGUCCGGACAGCAGUGAUGAGGAUGGGUUCGACGAUGCAUAUGAAGAACGAACCUGAAGAUGAUGCUGCUGCAUGAAAAUUUCUGAAUGGGGUACCUAAAUUUGAAGCCCAAUUGUUCUUUUUCUGUCUGUAAAGUUCAGUUAGCACAAUGCAUUCUAUAGCUCUUCGCAUAUUCCUGGCAAGGUCUGAUGUUUGAAAGAAAAGUAUUUGGUAGUUGAAUUAUGAUGUUAUCUACCGGGAAUAUAUUUAGUCGCUGUACGGACAUGGUCACAUGGUCGUUCCUGAACAAAUGCACAGAACAUAACAGCA